UGUUAAUAGCUAAUGAAAACAGUCAACAAACACAUACACACACAUACCAUACCCCUCGGCUCCCAUUGGCCUCCCCCGGGCCCGUGAAAUGUGAACGCCCCACAGGUUCGGUCGUUCAUCCCUGACAAUCACCAUUGACAAGCCCAAUCAGUCACUGAUCUCCGCCCGUCACACCCCACGCCUCAUCAUCGUCAUCUUCAUCAUCCACCUCAUUGCCAUAAUUCCCAAGAGUUCCCCUAGUGCUCCCACUUAUGUUGUGGUCUGGGGUGGGGGGAUCAGCCGCACCCGUGGGCGGCAUGAACAGGCGUGUUCGCCUGGUCCUAGCCUGGCGCCUGCUGCCCCCGAGGAUCCACCGCGGGCUUCAACAUCGGGCGGGCGGGCCCCUGGGCCGUAGCCACGGCCGAUGGGGCGCCUCGGCCACUGGCGGUCCGGCGUCGCCGCCGUGGCUCUGGCCAUCUAGUCCCGGCGGGUGGGGGCCGGGCGGCCGGACGUCAGGCGGAUAUCGCGGGUUCGGGCUGAACCGUCCGGUGGCCAAAUUUGGUCACGUGACCUCCUUGAAGGCCACGCCCACCCGGAUCCUGCUGACCAUGGGUUUGAGCACCAUCGUGCUCCUGUUGUUGGUGGACUGGCAAUACAUCUAUGACGAAACCGGCUUUAAGUUGCCGUUGAUGCCCACCUUCCUGCUCAAUACCACCCCAAACUCCUCGGAUGAUGACUCUCCCGAAUCAAAGAAAUCCGUCUCCACCCAACGGAAGAAUGUCCAACCCCGCCAAACCAACGAACUCACCAUGUUGGAGAAAGCUGUUUUGAUGGAACGCCAAAAUGAUAUCGAGAGCUUCUUCCGACAACGCCAACACGUGCGUGACAAGCUCAUUGCCGAAUUGGAUCCGGAAAAGCAAGUGAAAUACAAGAAUGCAGACUUCCUCAAGAUGAUUGAUCGUGAGGAUGUGAUAGCUGCCCAGAAAGAGGCAAACCAGCGGGAAAAUGCCGGCCCUUGGGCCCGAGUGUGGGCCAAUCUCAAGGCCGAAGAAGUCGUUACCGUUCCCACUUUGCCCACGGCAAACUUGCCGGUUGAUCACCACGGAGAGGAAGAAGAGGAACAAGAGGAGGAAGAGGAAGAAGAGGAAGAAAAAUCCGGGCACACUUCGGCUAAGGUGGGAUUCCGGAAUCGCAAAAUUAUCGAGUAUGAGAAUCGCAUUCGCCAAUAUUCCACUCCGGACAAGAUCUUCCGAUACUUUGCCACCUACAAGGUGGUGGAUGAUCGCGGUCACGGCGAGGUCAUGAUGACUCCGCAGGACUUCUUGAGAUCGAUCACUCCCGGUAUUCAGCAACCCGAGAACUUGGGCUUGGAUCAGUUCAAUAACAUCACGUUGGAAGAGCUCGAAGGGUCCAGUUUGAAAUUGGACGUCGACGAGGAGUCGAUUUUUCAUCAUUUCGGUUCGGGGGGCUUGAUCACAUUUUCCGACUACAUAUUCCUCCUGACGGUGUUGAGCACGUCUCGCCGACAUUUCCAGAUCGCGUUCAAGAUGUUCGACUUGAAUGGCGAUGGCAAUGUGGACGCCAAGGAGUUUGAAGUGGUUACGAAUCUCAUGAAAAGUCAAUCCUCUAUGGGGGCUCGCCACCGAGAUCACCAAACCACGGGUUCCACCUUUAAAGGGAUCAACUCCGGGUUGAUCACGUACUUCUUCGGCACCAACAAGGAAGGCAUUCUGACUGUGGACAAGUUCCUCGAUUUCCAGCGCCAUCUUCAGAACGAGAUUCUGGCUUUGGAGUUCAAGCGGAAGAUCGGUGCUCAAGAGGGAAAGCUCUCCGAGAGGGAUUUCGCCGAAUUGCUCAUUGCGUACGCAGGUUUCUCCGCGAAAAAGCGUACCAAAAUGAUCAAGCGAGUUCGCAAGGAGUUUCAUCACUCUCAUCACCAUGAGCACGAACAGACUCAUCUGGGCCAUCUGGGCCAGAGGGAUCCCAGUGACGAUGACAAUGUUGGGGUCUCGCUCUCGGAUUAUCUCAAAUUCUACCAGGUGUUAUACUGCAUCAACGACAUCGACACGGCUCUCACCUUCUACCACAUCGCAGGCGCCCCCAUCGAACGCGAGACCAUGAAGCACGUGGCCAAGACCGUGGCCAACGUGGACCUCUCUGAUCACGUGAUCGACGUGGUGUUCGUGCUCUUUGACGAGAAUGGCGACGGCAAGCUCUCCAACAAGGAGUUUGUGAGUGUCAUGAAGCAACGGGCCAUGCGAGGCCUCGAGAAGCCCAAGGACACGGGCAUCGGUCGGGUCCUCUCGGCCAUCACCAAGUGCGUCUCGGACACGAGACCCACUAUCUUGGGGGGAAUGCGAAAAACCGAAUGAGGAAUGAAAGGGAGGGUACCAUGAAUAGUCAGGAAUUUUGCCACCCUUUCAAAAAUUGUUCCAAGAGUUCUAUAUGCCUCGUCUCUCAUUGUCAUUCUUAUCCUUUACUUUCUAACACUCUAGCCAAUCGAUCUAUUACUGUAAUCCUUGUUAUAAUGUCUACAGAUCCAUCCUAUGUAUGCUCUAUGAAUUUUGAAAUGCAUCUUUAUGUUACGUGCAAA